AUGGCUGCAGCGUUGUACGUGGCAGUAUGCUGGCUGAUAUCUCCACUAAUUACAUCUUUCUUCACAGGUAGUGAUAGAAGCAAGUCUGGUGGCAGCUCUUCCUCGGCAUUGUGGAAUGAGCGUAAACUCAAAGUCAAAGACGUGUUCUUAGAGAGUUGGCAUGACUACGUCAAACACGGCUGGGGAUCAGAUAUUUAUGCUCCGGUCAAGCAAUCCGGAAAGAACAUGGGUAAGCAGCCUCUUGGAUGGAUCAUUGUUGAUUCCUUGGACACGCUGAUGCUCAUGGGGUGUAACGAUGAACUUGAAGAUGCAAAAUCCUGGGUUGACAAGGAGUUGACCUACGACGUCAGCACAAGCGUCAGUGUUUUCGAGACAACAAUCAGAAUGCUCGGAGGCUUACUUUCGGCCCACUACCUAUCCAAGAGUGACGAUACUGUCUACCUGGAGAAGGCGGUGGAGUUGGGAAACAAGCUUAUUUCAGCUUUCAACACUCCUUCCGGAAUCCCCCUUGUGGACGUGAACUUGCAUUCGGAGUCCCAGGGAGCGGAGGGUUUCCCGGCGUUGGGCGCAUCCACAGCCGAAAUUGCAACUUUGCAACUUGAGUUCAAGUACUUAUCGAAUUUAACAGGUGAAGCAUACUUCUGGGAUGCUGCAGAAAAGGUUAUGUCCAUAUUAGAUGCUAACCAAUUCUCUUCGCCUGGUGUUUACAAUGCAGACUAUGACGGUCUAGCUCCUAUCUACGUGAAUCAGCACAGUGGUAAGUUCAACAAGAACUUGAUCCGUUUGGGCUCUCGUGGUGACUCUUAUUAUGAGUAUCUUCUCAAGCAAUACCUUCAAACGAACGAGGAAAUUUAUCUAGACAUGUACAAGCAUGCAUUCAAUGGUAUCAAGAAACACUUGGUUGCGGAGUCAUAUCCAAACAAGUUUGUCUUUUUAGGUGAAUUGCCAACCGGUAUUAAUGGAGAGCUAGACACAAAGAUGGAUCAUUUAGUUUGUUUCAUUGGAGGUUUAUUUGCGCUUGGUGCAACUGAAGGUCUCACUGAGGCCGAAGCUCGAACUAAGAGUUUCUGGGACGAAUUCCAUGAAGAGCAGCUAGCACUGGGUAAGGAGAUCGGGAAAACAUGCUAUCAUAUGUACCAUGAUACUCCAGGUACUGGUCUUUCCCCUGAAAUUGUGGUAUUCAAUUUAGAUCCCGCUCUAAAUCCGAAAUCUGCCCCAAAUAAAGUUACAUCCAGUUUUGAUGGCGACUUCUAUAUUAAGUCUAGCGAUAGACAUAAUCUCCAAAGACCUGAAACAGUUGAGACAUUAUAUGUCUUAUACAAAAUUACUGGUGACGUCAAGUAUCGUGAGUGGGGUUGGGAAAUUUUCCAAAACUUUGUCAAGUUCACAAAAAUCACUAGUGGUGAUGGUGCCGUUAGGUACACUUCUCUCAAAGAUUGUACAGUCAAUCCUCCAAUUCUCAGCGAUAACAUGGAAUCGUUUUGGCUGGCGGAAACAUUAAAGUAUUUGUACUUACUUUUUGACGAUGAAACAGGCACUUCUAAAGGUCAACUGGCAAAUGGUAAUUUGGACAAGUGGGAUUUGAGGAAUAUGGUUUUCAACACAGAAGCUCAUCCUUUGCCCAAGUUUGAUAAAGCUUCUUUUGGAUCUGAAUGGGUUAGGGGUGUGAGUCCGCUUGAUCCUGAAACGAAAGUUGAGCAAAACAAGGCGACAGUAUCGAAGGAAGUCAUAAAGAAUGCAGCCGAGAAGGCUGAUAGCGCAUUAAAAAAGCAACAGGUGGAUGGCUCUGAGGCCGACGUCGAG